AUGCCUAAAUUUUAUUGUGACUAUUGUGAUAUAUAUCUAACUCAUAGUUCUACUGGUGGAAGGAGGCAACAUAGCCUAGGUAGAAAACAUAUAAAUAAUAAAAUUGAAUUUUACAGAAAUCUAAUUAAAGAUCCUAAUUUUGAUCCCCCAAUUCUAUACGAUAAUAAUUUUAAUGUUAUAGGGACUUUAGGACCUCAUAAUCAGCAACAACCUUAUAUGAUGAUGAUUGUACCUAACAAAUUGGAUGUAUCACAAGCUCACAAAUAUGACAAUAAAGUUAACAGAAAAUUUGGAAAUUCUUAUAAGAAUAUACAUAAUAAAGAUCAUCAACAUAAUAAUCAAUAUAAUAAUACCAAUAAUAGUACUUAUAAUUAUAAUAAUCAUAUUAAUAGUCGACAUGUUAGAAAAUAG